UAUAACCUGUAACGACUCCCGCCAUACACUGAGCCUCGCUUCACUCUCCUUCGCCGAAACCCGAAUUAGAACAGAAGCUGUCCGUCUCUGCUGCGAUCUUCGUCUCGCCGUUCGUGGUAGCGUAAAGGCCAAAGAGAUUGCGUUCAGUCGCUGGCUGCAGAUUCCGUUAAUCUCCUUGUCGAUGAAAGCUUUUCCUGAAAACGUUCAUGGAAAUGGAAGAUGUUGAGACCAGAGGUUCAGCAUCUGAAGUUGAAGCUUUUCAGCAUCACCUGGACCAGAUUCUCAUCGAAGUUAACCGGCUAGAGGAGAGAGUUGGUGAAGUCGAACAGUUCUACGAAGAUAAGAGUAAGAUGCAACUGAAUGCUCCUAAGGGUAGCUCGAUAUUGAGAAACGGGAGGCAGGGUAUCGGAAUUAAGAAGCCGCAGCAAGUUGCUUCAGACAGGGAAGCAGAUGCUGCAAGGAGAAUGCAGGAACUUAUGUCCCAAUUUGCCACCAUACUACGUCAGAUCACCCAACACAAGUGGGCUUUUCCAUUUAUGCAGCCUGUAGAUGUUGAAGGUCUUGGUCUGCAUGACUAUCAUGAGGUAAUUGACAAGCCAAUGGACUUCACCACGAUAAAGAAAAGGAUGGAAGCCAAGGAUGAUUCUAGCUACAAAAAUGUCCGAGAGAUAUGUGCUGAUGUGAGACUGGUUUUCAAAAAUGCUAUGAAGUACAAUGACGAGAAGAACAACAUACAUGUUAUGGCCAAAACAUUGUUGGCCAAAUUCGAAGAGAAGUGGCUGCAACUUCUACCAAAGGUCAUUGACGAGGAAAGAACAAGAGAACGAGAGGAGGCAGAGUCCCAACUCGAUAUGCAACUUGCCAAGGAGGUAGAGCAUGCCAGAAUGGCUAGAGAUAUAAGUAAGGAGCUUUCUGAAGUUGAGACGAAUUUGGAGGAGCUAAGGGAAUUGGUUCUUCAGAAAUGCAGGAAACUUUCAGUUUUCGAUAAAAUGCAACUCCUCCAGGACUUUCAUCAAUUGCCUCUCGAGGACAUGAUGAACGCUAUAAGGGUCGUUGCUCAGUCUAAUCCUGGGUUCCCUUAUACAGUUGAACAUGUGGACCUGGAAUUGAAUCCUGAGAAUGAUUCUGCUGCAUGGAGUCUGAAAUUCCUGGUGGAGAAUGCCUUGGAACUCCAGAGCAAGGAUUUGGCAACUACACCAGUCAACAGCUUCGGUUGCAGCAAUAAAAGUGACAAGAAAAACAUGAACUGCCGCAUCAGUGCCAACAGAAGGAAAAAAGAAAUAUGUGAAGCUAUCGCCGAAUCGGCCAAGAGAAGACGUACAAAGCCCUCCUGAUCAUCCCACCAUGCCCCAACAGAAUAAGGAGGGGAACCGUUUUGAGUUAGCGGAAAGCUGUUCUAAUUUUUGAAAUGGAGAGUAUACUUUUCGGAAAUAAUGCAAGACUCGUAUUGGCAUCCAUGGACGCUGCCACCCCUCUACCGAUGCUAUCUCAGGCAAAGUUUUACAAACUGGUAUCAUGAGGAGGCAGCGACCUUGACUCCGACGUGGUGACCUCUUUCAAAAUCAAAACUGAUCAAGGUGGAGCCUCUUUGACCCCGAGCACUCCUGGUCGACCACCGGAUGACCUUGACAACCGGAUGAGGUCGCCAGUGCCUAUCAAUCGUGCCAUUUAAGACACACGAUGAGGAACUUUGACAUGGACCAGCUCAGCUGGACUUCAUCUAGUGCAGAAUCACGCUGCCUCGAUACCCAGCCAAAAUUUUGUGCCCUUUCUUGUGAUCAUCCCACCAUUUUGCCGAACUCAGGCAGUACUCGCUGCUACGGUGAUGCCAACAAGAACCGGCCCAUCUGGCAAUGGUAGUAGCCAAAGGAGCUCAGUGGCAGGACUCAUUUAUUUGCUAACUUCAUCCAAAAGCAAGGAAAUUUGCUUCAGUUCAGCCAGAAUCGAAUUGUGUUGUUAAAUUCGACACGUAGCUAUUUUUCCUAAUGAGUUUAGCCAAAUUAUUGCGCGCGACCCUUUCA